AUGCCUGCCUCAUACGACCUUCAAGGGAAAAUAGCCCUAAUCACCGGUGCAGGCCGCGGUCUUGGUGCCUCGAUUGCCAAAGAAUUGGCUUCUCAUGGCGCAUCCGUUGUCGUCAAUUACGCAAAGUCUGUUGGCCCAGCUCAAGCCCUAGUUGAUGAAAUCCAGGCCUUACCUGGGAGUCCCAAAGCGGUGGCAAUCCAGGCCGACGUUAGCAAAACGGCAGAGGUAAAACGACUUUUCGAGGACGCCAUAAAGACAUUUGGCAAAAUUGAUAUUGUGGUUUCCAACUCCGGCAUGGAGGUAUUUUCAGCAGAGGAAGACGUGACUGAAGAGCUAUAUGACAAGAGGGAGGUCGUCUCAUUUUGA